AUGGAUACACUGGCACAACAUCAUCCUGAAUGGGUCAGUCUAGCUUGGGGAACGAUGAAGCUGUUGCUCAUGAUUCCGAUCGAGUACCAAAAAGUCAAGGAAGGUAUUGUUACCAAUCUUGGACGUAUAGGGAGUAAGCUGGAGCUCGUGAGCCUACUGUUGUCUUUCUAUCCAGUUGAGAGAAUGACAAAUGCGGCUGCGGCCAUCUACGCGUCGAUCGCAGAUUUCCUGGCAUUUUGUCUCCGGUACUUGCGUAGUAAUUGUUUAGGUACAAAAACUUCCGAUAAAAGCGUUAUGUAUUCACGUUGCUGA